GACGAUUGACAGUCAGAUUUCUGCUGGAGAUUGGAAGGAAGCAUGGAUGUCAUGUCUUGAGUGCUUGGAGCAGACAGAGGGCAGAGUCUAUGACUUGGAAGGCGAAGACUGCAGCAUCUUGGCCCGGGUCAGACGUCUUCUCUGCGUGGCCUCCAUGGACGACUGGUCCCUUCUUAAGGUUCUGGAGAAUAAUGCAGCAGUGUUGCAGCUGGAAGCGGUCGUGCCACAAGGAACCUCCUGGCGUGACUUUCAUGCCUUCGUCGGCAGGUACCAUAAGAGUCAGUUUGAAACUGCUGUGGGCGACCUCGGCAUGCUGCGUGCCGCGUGA